AUUCUUGUCUCUUGCGUCCGUAUUCCUUAAUUAUUCUUUCCUCUCAACAAUCGCACAUUCGCACGUACGGGUUCAUGAUGCUUAAAGUGCUAUAAAACUGUCGUAGAGCACCGUGACUAUUGAUUUCUCCCGACAAAUAAUGCAAAUUAUCCUCUCUUUUUUCCUAUCAAAGAAGAAGCAUUUCAAGAAACUAAUUCCUAAGACAUGUCUGACAAUAGCAGCAACUCCAACAAUGCUCCUAUCAUCAACAAGGAACUCGAGAAGGGGGACGAUUCUAAUGUUUUGAAGCCAAUUUCCACGUCCUCAAGUGUGUUAUCCUUUAAGCAUUUACAACAAAUUCCUCCCGAAACAAAUGAAUCCUCAAGCAAGGGAAAACAAUCAUCGUUGACUGAACGAGAAAUUCAAAUUGAAGAUAGGAGUACCAAGUCCAAAGAACAGCAAGAGAAAUCACUACAAACUGAAUUGACAGAAAACUUGGAGGCUUUUUAUAAGCUCUUAGAGAAUAUCUCUAAAUCUCUAGAUGAACUGGAAACACUAAUCAACUCUACCUCUUCCUCUUCUAAUUCCACAGCAGAGUCCCUUGUAGAUAUUAAAUCUUUCUUCAAUAAAUCGGUUGAUGAUGUUCUUUUGAAUGAUGCCUGGUUAUCCAAGUUCAGAAAAGCUGCUGCCCUCUUGUUUGACAAAACCAGUAUCCUUGGAAAGAACAAGUGUGACCUUUUAAAGAACUUCAAUGUUGAUCUAGAUAGGGAAGUUAAUCGUUUUAGGACUCUGGUUGAAAAAGACAAAAAGAGAGCUGAACUUUUUAAAAACCGAAGCAAAUAUGUUGAAGCUCUAGACACUUGCAAGACUGCACUUCAACCCUGUCGAGAUGAGAUGCAAAUGGUGGCUUCCAAACAUGAAGAAAUGAAGAAAAAUCUUCAAGAGUACGAAAUGAUUAUGAUUCAGAAGAUGCCCCCUUUCCAACAAGUGUAUUCUCAACAAAGUAGCAUCGAUACAGAGAUCAGUGGUUUACGAGUGAAUGAACAGCUUUUACAACAAGAAAACCAAGAAAUUGACAGCCUUCGUAGAGAACCUUCAAUUCAUUGGAGUGAUCUGAUUGCUGCAUUUUAUAAUUAACUUUUCAGGCUUUGUUUUCAGCUUAUCACUGUUAUAACUAUUUCUAAAUUACUAUUGAAAAACCUGUACUACUAUUAGUCUUAAUAUAUUAAUUGGUUUGUAUAAUAAAUUUUAUUAACAAGGAUCUCUUGUGUU